UGGGCGACCUGCUGAGUGACGCUCUACUACUACACGCUGACAUUUGUCUCCACCUCCUGCUUUUGACGGCAUUAUAAAUGAAACCUAAGCUCAGCGAAGAGAGAAUCUUGGACAGGGAGAUCCAUGCGGGCACAGUACAAAAGAGAUCAGCAUUUAAACUUCUGAAACUCUAACACAAGAGGUGAAAAACAAAUCUUUGUUUAGAAGAAAAAUGCUGAACGCUGGGAUAAUCUAUUUGAGCAUCUGUUUCACCAUGGGAGGAGGGUAUUCAACAGGCAAGAAGCAGUAUCAGAUUCAGAAUGGGCCGUGUAGCUACACUUUUCUCCUCCCAGAGCAGGAGGGCUGUCCAUCUAGCAGCUACACCAACCUGGCACAGAGGGAUGAUCCAGCUGAAUAUGAACAGUCGGUCCAGAGACUGGAGCAACUAGAGAGCAUAAUGGAGAACAACACACAGUGGCUGCUGAAGCUGGAGAGCUACAUCCAGGAGAGCCUGAGACAAGACAUGGCCCAGUUUCAGCAUGAGGCUGUGCACAACCACACGGCGACCAUGAUCGAGAUCGGCGCCAACCUCCUGACUCAGACGGCAGAGCAGACACGCAAGCUCACCAGCGUUGAGGCCCAGGUUAUAAACCAAACAACUCGGCUUGAACUUCAGCUUCUUGAGAAUUCAAUCUCGACAAAUAAACUGGAAAAAGAGAUGCUGUUGCAAACAAAUGAAAUAAACAAACUGAAUGAAAAAAACAGCUUCCUGGAGAAGCGUGUGGAGGAGAUGGAGGGCCAGAGGCAGGAGGAGCUGAAGACCCUACAGCAGGAGAAGGAGCAGCUGAAGCAGCUGGUGGAGAAGCAGACCACCAUCAUCAAGCAAUUGGAGCAACAGCUGCAGCAGGCCUCCUCCGCCAACUCAGCCAUGCAGGUCCAACAACAGGAGCUGGUGGAGACUGUCAACAACCUGAUCCACACCAUCUCCGUCCCCACACCUGGUCAAUCAGCAAUGAUGCAAGAUACCCCGUCACAGUACAAAGACUGCAGUGCCGUCUUCAAGUCGGGAAACAAAGAAAGUGGAGUCUACACACUUACUAUACCUGAAACAAAAGAGCAAAUCAAGGCUUACUGUGACAUGGACACAGAGGGAGGUGGGUGGACAGUACUGCAGAAGCGAUUCAAUGGCCUUGUUGACUUUCAUCGUACAUGGAAAGAGUACAAAACGGGCUUUGGAGAUGUAUCAGGAGAAUACUGGCUAGGAAAUGAAUACAUCUCAAAGUUGACCAAUGAGCAGCAAAAUGUCCUCCGGAUUGAGCUUACAGAUUGGGAGGGAAAUUCAGGCAUCUCUCAGUACGAGCAAUUUUCCCUUAGCAACGAACAGCAGAACUACAGGAUACACCUUAAAGGCUACAGUGGAACAGCAGGCAAAAUCAGUAGCCUUGCCCAGCCAGGAAGUGAUUUUAGCACAAAGGAUGCAGACAAUGACAAAUGUGUUUGCAAGUGCUCACAACUAACCUCAGGAGGCUGGUGGUUUGAUGCCUGCGGCCCUUCCAAUCUCAACGGAAUAUACUAUCAGCAAGGGCAGAAUACCAAUCGCUUCAAUGGUAUUAAAUGGUACUACUGGAAAGGCUCGGGAUACUCACUAAAGGCAACUACUAUGAUGAUAAGACCAGUAGACUUCUGAGCAACAAAUGGGGAAUCAGUGAAGCAAUGAGGCUCCAAUAUUUAAAUCCCAAUACAGGAUCUUGUAUAUGGAGGGGAAAGUGCUUGACAUUUAUACACAUUUUCAGGCAAAACAGCACUGCUUUUAUCAAAGAAAGCACUUAAAAGAAACUUACAGACUUAAUGGCUAGUUAAAACCUGUAAGAACAUGUGUUAAACUUCUAGGAUGCAAUACAAGCUACUAGGCAAGUGUUGUUAAAGGAAGCUCCACAGACAUAUAGUGCACAAUGUGCUGCCUUACUGGCAGCAUAACCAUUUUUUGUCAUGCAAACAGCUUAAUGCAGAAAAAAGAAUAUUUUAGAGCAUUUAUAUUUAAGAGCAUACUGUCAAUAUCACUGAGUUACUUACAAUGAUGAGGUUUGAUACUGACAAUGCAACUAUGGUACAAAAGUAAAGAAAAAUGAUGAUGGGUUCUUAACAUCAGCCUGGAUGUGGGUGUUCUAUUUGUUCUAUUAACAAAGCAAAGCGCAAAAAAACCCAACCAACCAACCAAACAAACAAAAACAAACAAAAAACUAAAUUAAGAAGCUCUUUUGCUUACAGAGGUUGAAUGAUUUGCAUUUUUAGUUCUUUUAUUUUUUAAAUCCUGAUAAACAUCCUGAUACAUGAUCACAAACUAUUAGAAUGUUUAAAGUAAUUUUUGGCUGUGAUAUGAUUUUCCCAUUAGAAAAAAGCUAGCAUCAUCUUAGACAAAAUUUAGGGAAUACAACAGUGUUAUACUAUUUAAAUGAACUAUUUACAACUGGCAAAGUCAAUCUUGUAGAAAACAUCUGUGAUAAAUCUUCUGUCAAAAAACAAAAUAGCAAGUACCUGCAUGUAACCAACUAUGGUCCAGUUAAUUAAUUUGCAUGAUUUCAUUACAGAAAUAUUCCUGAAGCAAUUUAAAGGCAUAAAGUGCGCAUGAGGUGAUAUUUUUUAAAAAUGGGUAAGCACUGGUUUAAACAAAAUAUCCUAGUGUAAAUUGAAAUAACAUUAGCAGUCACCUUUUAGCACUAAUGAAGUAAUCAAACAAAAACAAAACUUUACAACUUUUGCUUGCUCCAUAUGAUGUACUUGUAGUCUCACAUACAUCUGAGAUUUGGCAUUAGGACAGAUGCUUGGUAAUGUUUAGGUUGUUAAAGUAUAUUUUUCAGGUUAAUUAAAGCAUACUUAUAUUUGUUUGAACUUACUACUGACCUAUUACAAAACAAACUUGCUGUUAAUCCUGUGUACACUAAAAGUGAGCCAAACAGCUUUUCUUCAGACGAUCUGUGGCAGAAGUCUAAAUGAGUAAAUUCAGCUAGGGCACCAAAGGGUUGGCUAGAUCUAAACCAAUCACAUGUCACACCAAUCACACUAGUGCCUCAAGACAUCCAACCUUUUGGAUUCACACAAAUAAUUUCUUCUGAAUUAUAUGCAGCUUGUCACCAUUAAUGAUGAUGUUUAACUUUCAAUUUAACUGAAACAUUCUGCUACUUUUUGGCAUGGCUUUGCAUCACAUUUACAUCUUCAGCAUUAUUAUUUUAUGUUGUCAUCUGUUACAUACAGCAGAAAUUCGUUAGGUUGCAUUAUAAUUGUUAACUAUGAAGCACAGUUGGCAUUUGUUAAAAAAAAUAAAUUAUUUUGCUCGUAGUAUAAAUCUAGAGUACAAGUGAUGUCCAAUGUAGGCUAAAGGUUUUAUAGUUUCAUUUAACAACUCUGGGCUAAGACAUUUGUGUGAGGAGUUAAGGAAUAUUUAUUUGUUUGUAUUACACAUGGUUAAAGUUGUGUAUUUAAAGGUUUAUGUAAUUUUAUUUGAUGUCAAAAAUGCAUUAA